AUGGCCUUGCUAACAGCUCGAUGCCCCCUGGAGCCCUGUAGGACGCCCACCCAUGGCCACCUACUGCUGCUAGUGCUCACUCUUGGGUGGGUGCAACCUCUGAGGGCUGCAGAGACGGGAGAGGACACUGUGCAACUCGACCGAGUCUUGCCCGGCACAGGUGACUUUGCCAGCCUCGCCCCAGACCUCCUCCUUAGCUUCUCAUGUGCGGAGGUGUCUGGCCUGAGCACGGAGCGUGUCCGGGAGCUGGCCAUAGCCGUGGGGCAGAAGAAUGUCACGCUCCAGGUAGAUCAGCUGCGCUGUCUGGCACAUCGCCUCUCUGAGCACCUUGCCCCUGAGGACCUGGACGCCAUCCCAGUGGACGUGCUGCCCUUUCUCAACCCGGCUGCAUUCCUGGGGCCCCAGGCCUGCACUAGCUUCCUGUCUCGAGUUUCUAAGGUCAACAUACACGUGCUCCCUCGGAAGUCUCCCGAGCGUCAGCGCCUGCUUCUUGCAGCUCUGUCCUGCCGGGGAGUGCGGGGUUCUCGGGUGAGUCAGGCAGACGUGCAGGCUCUGGGAAAUCUGGCUUGUGACCUGCCUGGGAGCUUUGUGGCCGACUCAGCGGAAGCCCUCCUCCCUUGGCUAGCGGGUUGCCCGGAACCCCUGGACCAGGACCAGGAGGAGGCAGCAAGGAUGGCUCUGCAGGGUGGAGGACGCCCCUAUGGCCCCCCGUCAAGGUGGUCAGCUUCCAGCCUGAAUGCUCUGCAGGGCCUGUUGGCUGUGUUGGAUCAGCCCAUCAUCCACAGCAUUCCCAAGAGUGUCACAGCUGUGUGGCUGCAGCGCGUCUCCAGGAGCCCAUCCUGGCGGGGAUCUGAGCUUCCUGCCCUGCUCCCGAGGUUCCGGCGGGGCACAGAGAAGAGGGCCUGCCCUCCAGAGCGGAAGCCCCAAGUGGUGGAUGAAAAACUCUUCUUCUAUGAGGAGUGGGAGCUGAAGGCCUGCGUGGACGGUGCCCUGCUGGCUGCCCAGAUAGACCGUGUAAACAGGGUUCCCUUCACCUACCAGCAGCUCAGCAUCUUUAAGCACAAAUUGGAUGAGUUCUACCCACAAGGCUACCCUGAGUCCCUGAUCCAGCGGCUGAGCUACUUCUUCCGCUACCUCACCCUUGAGGACAUCCAAAAGUGGAAUGUGACCUCCCUGGAAACAGUGAAAAAUCUCCUCAAAGUUGCUGAAAGGAAACAGAUGGAUGCUCAGGCAGCUGCCCUGGUUGCCCGCUAUCUGCUGGGAAAGGGCCAGUUGGACAAAGACACCCUGGACACCCUGGCCAACAUCCGUCCUACCUACCUGUGUAUCCUCAGCCCUGAGCAGCUGGACUCUGUGCCCCCCAGGGUCUUGUGGACGGUCGAGCCCCAGGACCUGGACUCGUGCAGCCAGAGGCAGCUGGACAUCCUCUAUCCCUAUGCCCGCUUGGCCUUCCAGAAUAUCAGUGGGCUGGAAUACUUUGGAAAGAUCAAGGCCUUCUUGGGUGGGGCCCCGAAGGAAGACCUGCAGGCAUUCAGUGGGCAGAAUGUCAGCAUGGACAUGGCCACAUUCAAGAAGCUGCCACUGGAGACCUUGGUGCAACUGACCGUAGAUGAGGUGCAAAAACUUCUGGGACCACACGUGGUGGGUCUGCAGGCAGAGGAGAAUAACAGCCCAGUGCGGGAUUGGAUCUUCCGGCAGCCGCAGGAAGACCUGGAUAGGCUGGGGCUGGGGCUCCAUGGUGGCACCCCCAAUGGCUACCUGGUCCUAGACCUCAACUUCCGAGAAGCCUUUUCCAGGGGAGCCCCCCUCAAACGUGGACUUGUGCUAGCAUUGAUUCCAGCUCUGCUCCUGGUCUUGACUCUGAGCUAA